AUGUUUAAUCCCUUAGAAUAUGGAUUAGAUAGAACUAAAGCCCUCGAAAACUUCAAGAAAAAAUAUGAAAAUUAUUUCAAAUAUAUUGAAUAAGAUGCCCUUACAGGGAGUGUUCUGUUUAAAUUUCACCCUGAUAAUUGCAGAAGCACAAUAGAUAAUUCAGACAGAUAAUUUAUAGGCUUAGCACCUGCAAAUAAUCUUAUCAUUUAAUAACUUGCAAAAGAUAUUGAGCUAUUUUUUUACAUUAAAAAUCAUAUCAAUAAUGUGGAGACAGGAUUAUUAGACAAUGAUAAAAAUAAUGAUGGGAUUCCAGAUUUUAUAUUGCAGAUUAGUCCAAUGUACAUAAAGGUAAAAUUGUUUGAAACUUAGGAGGAAAUGCAAGAAUAUAUGAAUCACGAAGAAUAUGAAAAAAAUCAAAAAUAAUAUCCUGGUCUCUGCUUCGGAGCAUCUUUGAAUUAGAAAUAUGAUAGUGAAUUUGAAUUAAGCAUGCAUUUUGAUGAUUCAGAAGGAAUUAUAGAAAGGACAUAGAAUAAUAUUCCUAAUUAAAAGAAUCCUGCUUUUGAUAAAUAUAGCAAUACUCCAAAUUUUGAUGCUUAUAGAAAGUAUGUGUAGCAGGGUUAUUCAUGGAUGUAAAAUUGGGUUGCUAAUUUAAUUCUCAAAUAAGCCACUAAAAUUGAUGAUGCUAGUAUUCACAUUGCUCUAGUGAUACAAUAUACAAGGAUGAUUUUAAGAUGGUCUUGGAAAGAACACUAUAUCCAAUAAUAAUAUUUAUGA